GCCAGGUUGCAAGAGCUCGCUUCACACAGUGCGCUGUGUCUGCCUGGAAACUUAGAGGGCUAGCUCACCCCAUACACUCAGCUAGGGAUGUUUUACUAACUACUUUAUAAACAGAGGACAACGCAAACAUUGACACAAGUGCUGUAACUCUCUUAACUUUAACUAAACGGUAAUUAGUUUAAAAGUCAGUUGCACAUUCACUGAAGUUUGACGAAAGUUGUCUGUCCUUUUUUGUUUGUUUUUGCUGAAGAGCGGAUUGCUUGUUAAAACUCUACUUUUGGAUUGGUUGAUAUUUUCUUAGUCUCGAAGAGAAACUGUAAGACUCGAUCGAGAUGGUUGUCCUGUCACUGACGGUACUAGUAGGAUUUAUAGGAAGUCUGACUUCAGCCGAAAACGCUGAUGCCAUAGAUAAAGAAGACCAGCUGCGUAGCCGCCUGAGAGAGUAUGGCCUCAUCACCCCCAUCAGCACCGACUCCCAUGGUCACUUCCUGUCCCACCUGCUCUCUGCCAAUCACAAGCAGCGAGUGAAGAGGGAGGUUGGGGCAGAGGGCUCGGAGCAGGCCAGUGAUAGGCUGUUCUUCAACAUCACGGUAUUCGGCAGGGAGUUCCACCUGAGGCUCCGUCCCAACGACCGCCUGGUGUCUCCUGGGGCCAUGGUGGAGUGGCACGACCAGGUCCCUGAACCAGGCAACGCCAGCAGAAGUAGUACAAUCACUAGUAAUAGUGGUAGCAGAGGUACUAUCCGUGUUGGUGGAGAGAAUGGGAGUGAGUCGACCAGUGGUGGAACGGAGAGGAUUCUCAGGAGGAGGUUGCUGAAAACAGACUGCACCUUUAUCGGUGACAUCACUGACGUAAAGGGAGCCUCCGUCGCCAUUAACAACUGUGAUGGACUGGCUGGUAUGAUCCGGACAGACUCAGAUGAGUACUUCAUUGAGCCAUUGGAGAGAGGGACUCAGGAACAUGAGGACCAGGGCAGAGUCCAUGUUGUCUACAGGAGAUCUGCUGUUCUACAGGCCCCCUCUGACAUCUCACUGGACUACCAACUGGAAGAACCAGAAAUAGAGCUGUCCCUACCAGGUGUUCCGGGGAUUCCAGACCAGGUGUCCCUGCCAGGUGUUCCGGGGGUUCUAGACCAGAUGUCCCUGCCAGGUGUUCCGGGGGUUCUAGACCAGGUGUCCCAGCAGGUGAACCAGGCGGUGAGGAAGCGCCGCCACGCCGGAGAUGACGACUACAACAUUGAAGUUCUCCUCGGUGUCGACUAUUCCGUGGUGCGUUUCCAUGGCAAGGAGCAUGUGCAGAACUACCUGCUGACCCUCAUGAACAUUGUGAAUGAGAUCUACCACGAUGAGUCUCUAGGAGUCCACAUUAAUGUGGUGUUGGUGAGGAUGAUCAUGCUGGGCUAUGCUAAGUCCAUCAGCCUGAUAGAACGAGGGAACCCGUCCAGGAGUCUGGAGAACGUGUGUCGCUGGGCGUUCGUUCAGCAGAAGGCAGACCAUGACCAUUCUGAGCACCAUGAUCACGCCAUCUUCCUGACCAGACAGGGCUUUGGACCCACAGGCAUGCAGGGCUACGCCCCCGUAACAGGCAUGUGCCAUACAGUCCGGAGCUGCACGCUGAACCAUGAGGAUGGAUUCUCCUCUGCCUUCGUUGUCGCCCACGAGACCGGACAUGUGCUGGGUAUGGAGCAUGAUGGUCAGGGUAAUCGUUGUGGGGACGAGACAGCCAUGGGGAGUGUGAUGGCUCCACUGGUUCAAGCUGCCUUCCACCGAUACCACUGGUCCAUGUGUAGUGGACAGGAGCUCAAGAGAUAUAUACAUUCGUAUGACUGUCUCCUGGACGACCCGUUCAAACACGACUGGCCCCAGCUGCCGGAGCUGCCAGGGAUCAACUACUCCAUGGAUGAACAGUGUCGCUUCGACUUCGGAGUCGGAUACAAAAUCUGCACAUCAUUUCGCACAUUUGACCCAUGUAAGCAGCUGUGGUGCAGUCACCCUGACAACCCAUACUUCUGCAAGACCAAAAAAGGCCCUCCUCUGGAUGGUACUGAGUGUGCUCCUGGGAAGUGGUGCUAUAAAGGUCACUGCAUGUGGAAGAAUGUCAACCAGGUGACGCAGGAUGGCUCCUGGGGCUCUUGGACGAAAUAUGGUUCCUGUUCCCGCUCCUGUGGGACCGGGGUUCGCUUCAGAACUCGCCAGUGCAACAACCCAGUCCCCUCUAACGGCGGUGGGGACUGUCCCGGGGUGAAUUAUGAGUACCAGCUGUGUAACACCGAGGACUGCCCCAAACACUUUGAGGACUUCAGGGCCCAGCAGUGCCAGCUACGCAACUCCCACUUUGAGUUCCAGAACACCAAACACCACUGGCUGCCCUAUGAGCACCCUGACUCCAAUAAGAGGUGCCACCUGUACUGCCAGUCGAAGGAGACUGCUGACGUGGCGUACAUGAAGCAGCUGGUGCAUGAUGGGACACGCUGCUCCUACAAAGACCCCUACAGCAUCUGUGUCAGAGGAGAGUGUGUGAAAGUUGGCUGCGACAAAGAGAUCGGUUCCAACAAGGUGGAGGAUAAGUGUGGAGUGUGUGGUGGGGACAAUUCUCACUGUCGUACCAUCAAGGGAACCUUCACCCGCACCCCCAAGAAAGCUGGGAAGACGAGAGGAGCAUUUACCUUGCCUAUAGGAGCUCCGAAUGUUUAUCUGAAUGAAACAGAAGAUUUUACAAAUGUACUUGGUUUCCUUAAGAUGUUCCUGAUUCCUCCCGGGGCUAGACAUGUGAUCAUUCAGGAGCAUGAGGCUUCUCCUCAGAUGCUUGCGAUCAAGAACCAGGUGACAGGCCGCUACAUCCUGAAUGGCCGAGGAGAGGAGGCUCGCUCCCGGAGCUUCAUAGACCUGGGAGUGGAGUGGGAUUACAUUAUAGAAGACGACGAAGAGACACUAUACACUGAUGGACCCCUACAUGACGCUGUGGUCGUACUGAUAAUCCCUCAGGACAACGAGACCAGGUCGACCCUGAUGUAUAAAUACAUCAUCCAUGAAGACUCUGUCCCCGUCAACAACAACAACGUCAUUCAGGAGGACAUCUACGAAUGGGCUCUGAAGAGCUGGUCGCAGUGUUCUAGACCCUGUUCUGGAGGGUUCCAGUACACGAAGUAUGGCUGCAGGAAAAAGGGUGACAGCAAGAUGGUCCACCGGGGAUACUGUGAUGUCAGCAAGAAGCCGAAACCCAUCAGGAGAAUGUGUAACCUACAGGACUGUACACAGCCACAAUGGAUCUCAGAGGACUGGGAGCACUGCACUAAGACUUGUGGCAGUUUGGGUUUCCAUAUCCGGACGGUUCGCUGUGUCCAGUUCCUUAAUGAGGGGACCAACCGCUCAGUCCACAGCAAGUACUGCAGUGGGGAGAAACCAGAGAGCAGACGGCCCUGUAACAGACUGCCCUGUCCUGCACACUGGAGGCCUGGGGCCUGGUCAGAGUGCUCAGUGACAUGUGGUGAGGGGGUGGAGAGGCGCUUAGUGACGUGUCGUAUUGGAGAUCAGUGUAAUGGAGAGAGACCUGAGGCCCACAGACCCUGCAAACCAGGACCCUGUCACGAUGAGCCGUGUAAUGGGGAUAAGUCUAUAUUCUGUCAGAUGGAGGUCCUGGUGAGAUACUGCUCUAUCCCGGGAUACAAUAAACUGUGUUGUGACUCGUGUAGCAGACGCAGAGGAAGCCUGUCCCCCCUCCUAGUAGAAGCCGCCGAGAUGGACCAGGAAGUACGCUUUGCCGCCGCCUCCCAGCUCCUGGAGACUCAGUCACUCAAUGGGACGCGUGAUUUGUCUCUUCGCUCCCUACUGACCCCCCUUGGAUCCUCAACGCUAUGCCCCAGCAUCAGACACGCCCACAAGGUCCCACCCAGGAAAAGCUCCUUCCAUCGCAGGGUUCCAUCCCCCAGUAGCCUCGCUGUCAGGAACCUAUCCAUCAUGAUGUCAUCACUUACUGCCGGUGGCGCGGUUCAGUCAGAUGCCACGGAGGGUCAAAGCUCGGACACGUUGAGGAAGAGCCGGUUGCUCAGGGAGACAAAGGUGGCUCUAACGGAGGCGGAGAGAUGAAGUGGGAUCGUUCCUCCUCUGGACUCCAUGCAGAUAUCACUCCACCCUGCCUUUCUCACCUCACUACAUCA